GUUCCUUGUCUUCUCAUUUAUUGCUUUCAACAGUUCGACCCCUCAACAACAUUCUUCAAGAUAGCUCCUAAUCACUGAUCUGAACAAUUUCUCUCUCUAAACGUCUCAGUUUUCAUCAUCUUGUGGCCUCUUUAUCAAUGCAUACAUUUUUUGAAUAUACGAAGCUUUUGGCAUUGAAAGUUUGCUGCUUUUUGCAAUAGGGGAAAGGUUAGAGGAUCUUGAUCUCAUAUGGAAAGUCAGGAGCAAAUGGAUGCUCAUUGUUGCUGUCACUUCAUUGGUUUGUGAAUAUGGGAAUGGAGAAACAAGGCACAAGGAAUGGAGGUUAUGUUGCUGGCUUCUUCAGAUGUUUGACUGGAAUGCAAAAUCUCGGAAGAAAUUGUUCUCGACCAAGUCUGACUUACCAGUGCAAUCCAAACAAAAAAAGAUAUGCGAUGGAAAUUUGCCAAUGACUCAGCUUGAUACGUUGUACGAUGAUUUGAUGGCAGCCAGGUCAAGUAUUAAAGGAAGUAGUGAUUAUAGUUGUGCUUCAUCCGUUGCAGAUGAGGACUUAUGUGGAACCAAGUCCCCAGGAGUUGUUGGAAGACUUAUGGGAUUGGAUUCCUUGCCAAAAUCCAAUAUCCUGGAUUCAUACUCGACGCCACUUUUUGAUACUAGGUCUCCACCUGAUGUGCAUUGCCAUCCCAAAAAUUUGAAAUGUUUUCAAGAUUAUGAAACCAUGCACUCGAGCAGUUCGCACGAGUUUCCUGCUAGGAAAGUUUUGGAGCCUAAGUAUCAGAAGCUGAUAACUAUGCCAAUCGAAAAGUUUCAAACUGAAACUUUACCACCUAAAUCAGCUAAAUCGAUUCCCGUUACUCACAACAAACUUUUACCUCCAAUCAAAAGUGCUAAUGUUAUCCCACCUACGAAUGCGGCUCACAUAAAGGAAGCAGCUGCCAGAAUCAUUGAACCGGGAUAUCAGGCUACUGCAAAAGCAAAGAAAGUCCGGUCUUCCUCCAUUCCCUUAAGAGUACAGGACUUGAAGGAGAAGGUGCAAGAACCUGGAAAACCAUCAAAACGUUCUAAAGCUUCUGAGAAGCCUAGUGAAUCUAGUGCUGUCUACCUUAAAGGACAACCUAGGACUAAAAGCUGGAGCGAAUCGGUGGAUUCAAAAUCACUAAGGAUCUUGACGGAUUCAGAAGAAUGUUAUUCUGGUGUAAAAAGUACAGGGAAAUCCAUAUCACUCGCAUUACAGGCGAAGGCCAAUGUUCAGAAACGUGCAGGCAUAAAAGUAAGUGGCAGCAGAAAUUUGAUGGGCGAAAAUGAGUAUACUUCAGCCCCAUUGUUCCAAAGUCAACCGAGUAUGCAAAAGAGUAUGCUUAAGAAACCAUCUACACAUGGUUCAAGAGUGUUCCGACAAAAUAAUCAGAAACAAAAUUGUGUUGCUGAAAGAGGAAAAUCGCCUCCAGUGAAGCCCUUUGCUUCCGACUCACAAGGUGGUGGGAAAGCGCUCAGUGGAGAUUCUUCUUCUGCAAGAAAAAAGAACUUGAGUAAACUUCCCGAAACCUCUAAGGUUGGUUCCAGGAGGUCAAGUUUUGAGGGUAAAAAUGAUAGAAAUGAGGUAUCAUAUUCUAGUUCCGAAAAAAUUUCCCGUAAGAAACGAUCUACUGAUGGGGAUUACCAGUAUGAGAUAAAUCAGGCUGCCCAUAACAAAAUGAUCGAUAGAAAUAGGAAAAUGAUUCAAUCCUGUUCUCUUGUGGACGGGCCAAUUAGUUGUGAUAAAGACAACAGAAGGAAGGGAACGGACGUUGUUUCUUUUACAUUCACUGCUCCAAUGACACAAUCCAUACCUGGCUCUGAAAGCUCGACAGAGGUUGGGGAUAAAUGUAAAAAGACACUGGUGAGCUCGGAUGGUUUGAAUGUUUCAAAGUUCUCUUUCCCAGGACAUAAUAUUUUGCAAGGUGAUGCAUUAAGCACCCUUUUGGAGCGAAAGCUAAAAGAACUGACACGUGUUGUAGAGUUUCCCCUACAUAGGAAAGAGAUGGCAAGUAGUUCUUACUCGACACCCUCAACCAUGUUACACGAUGGCAAAACCAAAGAUGGAAUUCACAAAUCUAAUCUGGUUAGCCAAUGUGACUCUAGCUUUUCAGCAGAUCUUCGGGGAUUCAAAACAAGAAAUCAGCGUCGGAAACAGGGAGUAAAUGAAGAAACAGACCACCAAGGGAGAAGGGUUUCUGAAGCCAAAAAUUUACUCGAUCCUUGGCUUCCUAGUCCAGUUUCCGUCCUUGAGCUGUCUUCCUUCGCAGAAAGUUGCAGUUCUUUGGAUACUGUCGAUAGUAAUAGUACAACAGGUAGCAGGCAGUGUUCAUCAGUUCAAGCUCAAGAAGUGCUUGGUACUUAUUCUUUGAAAAAAUUCAUUCCAAGUGAAGGAGAUGCCGAGUUAUCAGAUUCAGCUUCUUCAAUUUCCUUACCUGUGACUAAUUGUGGAAAGUCAACAGAAUGGGAACUAAUAUAUGUGAAGGAGGUACUAUGUAACAUAGAGAUGAUGUUCAAGGAUUAUGCAAUAGACCAGGCUCGCGAGAUUAUAAAUCCGAAUCUUUUUUAUCAACUGGAAAGUCAGAAAGGAAUGUUGAAUGGUAAUGAUCUUGUGCCUAGAAUAAGCCGAAGGCUACUUUUUGAUUGUGUGAAUGAAUUCUUGGAGUCAAAAUGCAGGGUAUAUGUUGGAUGGGGAAGCAAAAUAUGGGAGAAGGGUGUUUCUGCAAUUAGAGGAAAGGAGACGUUAGCUCAAGAAAUGUAUAGUGAGAUUCUUGGUUGGAGUUCAAUGAGAGAUUAUAUGAUUGAUGAACUUGUAGAUAAGGACAUGAGUAGUCGCUAUGGAAGAUGGCUCGACUUUGAAAUUGAAGCAUUUGAACUCGGAAUAGAGAUUGAGGAUCGGAUUCUUAAUUCUUUGUUAGAUGAAGUAGUUGCUGAUGUAUUGAUGCUCUAGCAUGGCAAAAUCCCUUCAUAGUUUGGAUCAA